UCAGCGGGAGGCGAGCGGGCGCGCGGCGAGAGGCGACGGCCGGUGAGAUCGACGGGGAGCCGUGGAGGCGCCUGCCGUCUGGCUUCAAUUCUUUUCCCCCCUUUCUUGAUUUGAUUACAAGAACAAGAAGAACUGUUUCAGGCUUUGGUUUGAGCCCUAGGCUUGGAGAGAUCCUGGUUCCGCCACUGUCCCCUACCUCUCUCUAGUCAACUCAGCAGUAAGAGGACAGGGUGCGCCCCCUGGAGUCACACAGUUCCCCCUAGCUCGAUCCUCCCCCACCCCAGCCUAGGGCUUCUUCCAACCUUCCUCCGCCGACCGCCGGCGCCUACUCCGCCGCGGAGCAUGGCCGGCUAUCGCCGCGUCCUCCACUUAUGCCGCCUUCCCCAGUUCCAGCCCCCAGCCGCACUUUCAUCCUCUACUUCUGCAGCAACUCCCCACCUCUCCCCACCGACUUCCCUGCUGCUGACGCCGUCGUGCCCCUCCGCCUCCUCAACGCACUGCGUCAAGCCGCCAGUCCGCAUCCUCCCCUCUGGUUUGGCACGCGAUGGUUUCUUCAGUCGUAGGUGUGGUCUCAAAUUGUAUGCAAGGAUUGGUGCUGUAUUAGUUGGACAAGCAGCUAUUUUUCUUGGUCUAUGCAAUGACUCUGCAUUGGCUCAGAAUGAUUUAGUUGGUCAAGGGGCUACAAGAAAUGAGCAAACCGAGGAAAGUGCUACAGGUUUACAGCGAAUCGAAGAUGGCUCAGUGAUCUCAAAUGAACACACUGUAAAAUGGAGAAUCUUCACUGAUAAUGCACGAGAUUUUUUACUGAAAAGAAACAUAGAUGAAGCCGAGAAGUUUUUCCAGGCAGCCCUACAUGAAGCCAAGGAAGGAUUUGGGCUGAGAGAUCCACAUGUUGCAUCAGCCCUUAACAAUCUGGCAGAAUUUUAUAGGUUAAAAAAACAAUAUGAGAAGGCUGAGCUACUGUAUCUGGAAGCAAUUGAAAUCCUAGAAGAAUCAUUUGGAUCGCAUGAUAUAAGGGUUGGAACUGCUUUGCAUAGCCUUGGGAUAUGCUAUCAUCUUCAACACAAGUUUGCUCUAGCUCAGACUUGUUACGAGCGUGCUUUGAAGAUAGAAGGACGUGUUAUGGGGGUUGGUCAUCCAGAGUAUGCAAGCACAAUGUACCUUCUAGGCAAGGUGCUAAGUCAACAAGGAAAAGAUGCAGAAGCCCUUAUUGAAGAGUCUAUUAGUAUAUUAGAGGAAUCUGGGCUCGGUGAAUCACCAACAUGCAUACAAAGAAUGAGGUAUCUCUCUACGGAGUUGAUAAAGUUGAACCGACUUGCUGAAGCUGAAAAUUGGCAAAGGAAGAUAUUACAUAACUUGGAACUCUCAAAGGGCUGGGAUUCAUUGGACACCACGAAUGCAGCUGAACUCUUAACAUUAACUCUUCAAACCAUGGGGAAAUUGAAGGAAUCUGAAGAAUUAUUGGAAAGAUGCCUUGAAACCAGAAAGAAGAUUUUAUCUGAAGACCAUUUUCAGGUAGCUGUUACUUUGGUACACUUGGCAAGGUUAACUAUGCUAAACUUUAUUAGCGACAAGGAGGACGGUGACCUUGCCAGAUCUAAACUUGUCAGGGCAAGGUUACUUGUCAAUGAUUCAAUCAGGAUAGCAGAAGGAAUAUUAUACGAUUCAAGGAAAGACUUGAACAAGCUCAACAAUGGACGAACUACGGACAGGGAUAAGAUUGCAGCAACUACUGCACUUUUGCAAGCACUUGAAGUUGCGGGACUUCUUGAAAGUGGAAUGAUGAGUAUGCUACCUCCAGGGGAAAAAGAUUUAUAUCCUGUUGAACUGGCUCUUAACAAGUGUAUAUCACUUCACAAAGAGCCUUGUACACGGAAAUUCACAUCGAAGGCUCUCAAGAAUGAGUACAUCAGAUGCUUGAGGCGGCUCACUGGUAUUGUUCAGAGCGAUUUCACUGUGUCGGAAGCGUUGACUUUGCAGGGGUUGCUAGCUGAAGCGCAGCAAAUAAUUGAAGAACUUGUGGAAGAGAGCAACUAAGAAUAUGGAACAAGUAAUUAUUCAUUACGCGGAGAAACACAUAUUAUGUGCAAAGUCUUCUGUGUUGAUUUUGCACCAACAAAUUUUGACGCCUGCAUUUUUUUUUUCUUUUUUGUUCUCCUGUGCUGUCAUAUUUGUCGUUGCCGUAUUUGGUAGCAAGCUGCACCGGAUGGCGAUUUUUUUUCUCCUUGUUUCCAGGUUUAUAUUGCUGUUAUAGGUUUUCUGUUUGACGACGCAUCAUAUUGCCGGGGAAGUGUCAAAUGUGUCAUGCUAGUAUGGCUGCUCGAUCAUGGAACACCGACAAGUAGGCCCCCAAGGCACCAACGAUGUUUAUGUUGAGCCGCUUUUUAGGAUUUACACUCACGGUGUAACAUAUUUCAGAAGCAUUUGUUUACUGCUCAGAACAUUUAGACUAUGAAGUUAAAUUUUGUAUUGAGAGCACUGAUUUUAUUUAUCUACUUAAACAUGUUUUGAUGACAUGACAUUGUUAAAACCACGCAAUACAAAAUUCGACGGCUAAAAUCAUGUUCGC